AUGGUACCACUUACGUACGGUCUGUCGACUGCCUCACCUUGCCCAACCAACAACCCUUGCCUCCCGUCGACAACUUUGUACCCGACUUUCCAAGCACGCUGCUCCAUCUCCCGUCCGUCCGCUAUUCUUCGUUCCAUCGCCGUCUUCCGCGAGACAACUUCAUCCCCCCGCUUGUUCAAGAUAGAUAAUUCCAGCUUGCUGCUUGCUGCUUGCCGACGUUGGCCGUCGCCCCCGGUCCGCGGAGUCUUUUUCUGA